AUGUCGAGGUAUCGCGGCGAUCCCCGUUACUCUGACGGCACUCUUCCGUACCGCGACCCUGCUCCUCAGAGAUGGGAUACCGAGCGUUUUGUGCGUGAACGAGAAGUGCGCGCCCCGGCCCCACCGGUCAUUGAUCAACGCCCUCCAUACGCCGAUUACCCACCUCGCCGUGCUCCGGUCUAUGAGGAUCAGAGAUACUAUGAGGAAGAUCGAUAUGGCCCUCGUGGUGCCAGCGAGCGGAAGUAUUUUGAGGAAACCGAUUUCUACGACCCACGGGCGCAGCGCGGCCAGGUAGUUCCGUACGCCCCUGAGCGACCGCCCAGACCGGACCCCAUCCCACGACCAGGCAUCAUUCGCCGCCAGUCCAGCUUGGAUACGUUCGACCGCCGGCCAGCCAGACGCUUUGACGACUAUGACGAUGGACCUCGCCCUCAACGGGGGCUUCCCCCAAGAGAAUUGAUCGCUGUCCGGCCGCCUUCACCCAGACGGUACCCUAGAUAUGAUGAGAAAGUUUACGAAGAUAUACGUGUGCAAGACCCGGACUAUUAUGGGGAUGACGGCUUCAGGGAGUAUCGGGAGCGCGAGUGGGUCAAACGGAGAAGCAGAAACAGCAGCCCUUCUCCCGAACGCCGUACUGUGAGGGAAGAAGAAAUCAUCGAAGAACGCAAAGAGGAGAUCAUCGAGGAAAAGCCGUAUCCACGACGAGGGAAGACACGCAUGCCAAAAAGACUGGUUCACACUAAAGUGCUGUUUGAUCUGGGCUAUCCGUACUAUGAAGAGGACGAACGAACGAUCAUAAUUGAAAAGGCGUUGGGUCCAGACAAUAUUGAUGAGAUCUUCAGCAAGAGCAAGGAAUAUCGCGAGAGAGAAGUGACAACCACUCGGCUCAUUGAAGCUCCGCCCUCUGUGGCACCCAGCAUCCGCGCGCCUAGCGUACAUGGGGGCGAAGUGAUAAUUGAGAAGACUGAGAAAAGAGAGGAGAUCAAGACUAUGCCACUAGCAGAAGCCCCCCGGUCUGUGCGCGAAUGGGAUGGCCUCUCGGUUCGGUCUCCAUCUCCAAAAUCCCACCGGUCACGGUCUCGAAGACGGUCACGCCGCGGAUCUUCCCCUGAAAUCGUAAAGGAGACCGUCGUGGAAAAGAAAGAAGUCAUCAAGGAGGUCUCUCCCGCACGGACGCAUCGAUCUCACACCACGCACCGCCGAGGGUCGUCCGUCAGUGAUGAAACGAUUAUCGAGCGAAGAAUUACUCGCGAAGAAAUCGAAGAUUCCAACUCGGUUCAUGUUGGUCCGCUCGCACUGGUAGUUGAUCGCAAGCCCCAACGCAGUGAACGCGAUAUCAAGGACGAAAUCCGCAGGCUAGAAGCUGAGAGGCGAGAGUUGAGGCGCGAGAGACGGUACGAGCGCGAAAGUGGAGAGAUCAUCAAGAUUGAACGGGUCCGUGACAGAUCUCCAUCACCUCGCGGAGAGGUCAUCAUUGAGAAACGAGGCGACGAGGUUCUAGAGGUCAAGAAGGAUCGGAGAGGUCGCUCACGCUCGGCUGCCCCCAGCCCGGCAAUCAUCAAGGCCAUGAUGGCUACUCUGACCUGA